CCAAUAAACUCAACACGAAGAAGAAAUAGGACAACCCCGGCCGUUUCGGUAUUACCGCGAGAAGAGGAAACGUGAUCUGGGAAGGCCGGGACUUUCAUUCAUUUUCGAGGUGACCACAAUUAGCUCGGAAGAUGACCACCCCAGAGGUUCGUCCGAAUCACACCAUCUACAUCAACAACCUGAACGAGAAAAUCAAGAAGGAUGAGCUGAAAAAGUCGCUUUAUGCCAUCUUCUCCCAGUUUGGGCAAAUUUUGGACAUCUUGGUAGCACGAAACUUGAAGAUGAAGGGCCAGGCCUUUGUUAUUUUUAAGGAGAUCAACAGCGCCUCCAACGCCUUGAGGUCCAUGCAGGGAUUUCCUUUCUACGAUAAGCCCAUGCGAAUCCAGUAUUCCAAGACAGACUCUGACAUUAUUGCUAAGAUGAAGGGCACCUAUGUGGAACGAGACCGUAAGAAGGAGAAGAAGAAGCCCAAACCUGAAAGUAUAAGUAAGAAAGCGGCUGCAGCCAUGGUGGCCGGAGUAGCUGCAGGCAUGCCGGGAAUGCCUCCCAUGAGCCAGGCCCCACGGAUGAUGCACAUUCCCGGGCAGCCUUACAUGCCUCCUCCGGGAAUGAUGCCCCCGCCUGGAAUGGCUCCCGGCCAGAUUCCUCCAGGUGCCAUUGCUCCUGGUCAGAUGAUGCCAGGGCAGAUGCCGCAGCAGAUUUCAGAAAAUCCCCCCAAUCACAUCCUGUUUCUCACAAACCUGCCCGAGGAGACCAACGAACUCAUGCUCUCCAUGCUCUUCAAUCAGUUCCCUGGCUUCAAAGAGGUGCGUCUGGUUCCCGGCCGUCACGACAUCGCCUUUGUGGAGUUUGAGAACGAGGUCCAGGCCAGCGCUGCACGAGACGCCCUGCAGGGCUUCAAGAUCACACAGACGAACGCCAUGAAGAUCUCUUUCGCUAAGAAGUGACCCCUCCUCCUCCUCGCGGGUCCUGGGUUUAGAUGCUUGCAGGUCGUUUUGUUUUUUUAUAAGAAUGUUGCUGGUUUGUGGACAGUGAUGCUCUCCCGUCAAGGAUUUCCAUGUAAGUAUACAAAUAAAUGUCAAGUUGCUGGGUUUUAAACACUUCAAUGGCAGAACAAAUUUCUGGAUGGAAACAAGCACAGAGAGAAAUGAAAAAGAUGCAUAAUGAAGGAGAGAAGCACGCGGCGCAUUGAUAUAAAGGACAAACUAUCAGCCUGAACGUUAUGACUAAUGACGAGUGAAGAAGAAAAAAUGUUGCUUUUCUCAUUAGAAUUGCACGAAGCAGAUUAUAUUUGAAGCUAUUACGUUUAUUGGAGGCAAAUAACAUAAGGAAGUCGGUAUCUGCAGCAGAAUCCAGUGAUACGGCUGGAGAUAAAAGGUUCUGGGGAGAUCGCAGCAGGUCAGGGAGGCACCGGGUCGUCUGAGGGAUCUAACUUCUAAAACAGCUUCAAAUCCACCAGCAACUUGAUGUAGUUUUAGUUUUUUUUUAACAUGAACUGUUAAAGCAUUGCACCCAGAGUCUGGGCUACCAGACAUUGUACCUGGAGCUUUUUCUUGCUUUUUUUUUUAUUAAAACACUUUAUAUAAAAC